AUGAAAUUGGCCGACACCAUCCUCGUUGCCCUCCAGGCAUCGAUGGGCUUGGCCUUGGUCCUCCCCAAUGAUGAUAUGAAGAAGGAAUUGACACAACACAAGCACAAUGAUGCCGAACCCGACGAGAAGAAGUUUCACGGCUAUGAAACAAUCACCAAGAUCACUUCACACCGAUACUUUGGGGUCAAGGACCACAAGCAUCAUCAUGAAGAGAAGAAGCAUGACGACGACGACACCGAUGAUGAUGAAGAUGACGAUGGCAAGGAAGAGCAUGUUAACCAGCCUCAAAAAGCAAAGGAGAAGCAUAACAAUGAUGAUGAUGAUCAUAAGGAACAUCACUCCCAUGAUUUCAAGAAGAAGCAACAUGAUGAAGAAGAUGACGACAAGGAUGAGGAUAAGAAUAAGAAUAAAAAGGAGAAACCCAAACUCACCUUCCCUACAGAAGAGUUCAAGAAGGCCAAGAAGAAGCACGAGGAGGAAUUCCCACGGCUCAAAGAUCAUGUGUCGGAGACUCCCAAGUCCGACGACAAGUCGAAGUCGCUAGAGGAUGCCGUGGAGAAAAUCAAAAAGGAAACCAAGCAGAAAUUACCUUUCGAAAACAUUGUGCUGGAGACCCCCAAGCGCUACAACAAGCACAGGAAUGAAGAGAAACAGGUCAAGGAAGACAAGAAGGAACAGACCAACUCGAAGGAUGGCAAAAUGUACAAGUUUAUUCAUCGAAAUGGAAUGGAUGUCAAGCGCGAUAUCGACAUCAACAUUCAUGCUCCAACCUACAAGAUUUACCAUAAUUCCGACAAGAAGCAUGGCCAUGGCGACGCAGAACUUAUCAAAAUCUUUCAUGUGAGCUCGGAGGAGUCGACUCAUGAAACGAAGGAUCACAAGUAUAAGCAUGAUGGCGAGCAGAAACACAAGGAGCCAACAAAGGAGCACCAUUCCCUUCCAAAGUCCCACCAUAAGAAUGUAGAGUCUAAGAACUAUGAUGGUCACGACAAGGGUCACUUUGGAAGUGAGAAGAAGUAUCCCCAGUCAAGCAAAGGCCGCAAUCAGACUCAAGGGCACCGCCACACGCCUGUUGGCAGACCUAGCCCUCACGACAAUCGCUACCCCGACAACCAGAACACUCACCAUGGCGAUAAGCCCAAGAAUGGACACAAGAAGUCUGAUCAAGCAGAGAAGGAGAAGAAUGAUACACUGCGAAGAAUCAUCGAAUCCCUCGCCGACCUUCUUGCCAAGAAGGAGGCCCCUAAACACCACCUCAAGAAGACUCACCCAUCCGAAGACGAUCAUGACUCGCACCAUGAGUCCGAGAAAAAGCACCAUUCUCAUAAGAGGCCUUCAUAUCCAUACAAAGAGCAUGCCGAGCACAAGCAUGAUGACAACAAGAAGCAUGUCAAGUUGAGCCAAGACAGUUCCUCUCACUAUGAGCCUGGCUAUAACCAUGAGGAGGUGGACUCACAUCACGCCAAAAAGCAGAACGCCUAUUAUCAUGACCAUGAGGACUCGAAGAAGGGUCAAUACUCGCAUAAUAAGCCUACUUCCCAGUACGAGAAGAAAAUCAACGAUAAACAUGACGAUGAGAAGAAUUAUAUCAAAGUGAUCAAGGAUCGCGUCUCGCAGCACAAGCCAACCCUUCAUAAUGAGAAGCCAGAUCAUCAUCAUCAUCAUCAUGACAAAGAUAAUGAGCAUCCUAAGAGACCCAAGCCUCAGCAUAACCAUCAAGAGGCUGAGCACCAUUGGGACUCUAAGAAAUCAGAGGACUACUACCCUUACAACAAACCGAAACACCAAUUUGAGGAGCAAUCUAAGCACAAGCACGACGAUGAUAACGAGCGUGGUCCAUUUUAUCAAAGAUUGAAGAUGGAUCGCAAGCCCAUCAAUUACUUCCCAAAGUCCGGACAUCAUAAGGACCACGAAGAUGAAACGAAGGCAUACAAAGCUCACCAGUCUCGUCCUGAAACUCACAUCAAAAGAUCGAGUAACCUUGUACCCAAGCUCAACACCACUCAAAUACUCAACCUGGAAGCCCUUUCGCCGCAGGACCGAAAGAGAAUCGCAAUGGGCCUGCCUCUAGAUUCUCAGACCAGAAAGGAGUUCGGCGAGUUUAAGGAUUGCACCCCCAAGCUGAUUACCAAGCUCAAUGUCAUGUAUGCUCGCAUCGUCGACGACCCCAAAUACGCACAUUUCAUCAAGUAUCUCAACACAGAACGCAAGUUUCGCAACAGAAAGAGAUCUGCUUCUGUGCUCACCCCAGAGAUGCUCGCAAAGAUCGAGGCUAUGCCUCCUAUGAUGCGUACCUUAGCUGCCGACCAACUUGAUUUUGGCCCGGAACUCAAGAAAGAGUUUGUAAAAGGCGGAAAGCUAUCUCCCGGUCUUAUCAGGAAGCUUGAGAAGGAGUAUGAACGUAUUGCAAAGAACCCCAAAUACAAGAAGAUCCUUGAGAAGCUCAAGUCUAAUGGGAAGCGAGCAGCCCCAAACCCACCGCCGCCCAAGAUCCCCAAUGAGAUGCUGAAGAAGAUCGAAGCCAUGGAUCCAAUCCUACGCCGCUUCUUGGCAGAGAAACUCGAUCUUCCCGCGAAACUCACAGAUGAGUUUGUAGAUUGUGGAAAGCUCGACCAAGCGAUGAUUCACAAAAUCAACUGGGAGUAUGCCCGUAUUCACAAGGAUCCUAAAUAUAAGAAGAUCCUUCAAGAGUUCAACACCAAGUCCAGGCGAUCUAAGGGUCAGGACGAGAAUACCAAGGACGAACUCAUAACCCUGACAGACGACGAGAAGGAGAAGGUGGCCAAGCCCAAGGAGAAGGUCGAGGCCGAUGAGCCGCAAAGGCUCACUGAACAGCAGCUAGCGGUGUUAGCGAAUAUGCCUAAAUUUCAUCGCCGUGAAGUAGCCAAGAAGAUUGGAAUGCCUAAAGACCUGACAAAAUGGUUCGUCAAGACCAAAAAGUUUACAGGUGAAAAUCUGGAGCGACUGAACGAGGAGUGGAUCCGAGUUCAAUUAGACCCUAAAUAUGAAGAUGUUGUCAAGUCGCUGAAGCAUCUGGCAGUCAAGGGAAAUAACAAAGCGAGGAAAGACAAGAUACGGAAGCGAUCUGUACACCAGCUUACCGAGAAGGAACUGGAACGUGUGCUUAAGUUGGACAAAUACGAGCGCCAGGCCCUGGCGAGAAGGCUUGGGCUGGACCAGUCACUCGCCCGUGAGUUCAUCAACGCAUCUAAGCCGAACACUGAUCUCCUCGAGAAACUCAACGAGGCUGUCUCCAAGAGUGUCGGUACUCCUCAAUACCAAGAACUUCUCAAGCUUGUUGGUAAGGAAUUCCCCAAGCCAAAGAAUGAAGAACUGAAGCUAGAAUCUAUCAAGAAGGAAGUGCGCCUGGAAAUCGCCAAGAGCCUCGACUUCGACGAAUUCACCAGGGACGAGUUUUUGGAGGCCAAAGAGCUGAAGGGCAGACUCUUGGACAAGGUCACGAAGUAUUGGGGGGUCAAGAGGAUGAAGAACGCAGAGCAAGGAAAGGAUGAUAUCAAGCACUCUGAAGUUAUAAACAAACUUCUCGGGUCAGCCCUGGACAAGGCGGGCCAACCAGGUGAUGAUCUCCGGAGUAAGGGCACUGAUGGUAAGAAGAUUACCGAGGCUGAGCAGAAAAUGAAGGACAAGCUUGAAAAGACAAAAGAGAACGGAUGGUGCGAUGAGUUCGUCAGCGAGCUUGAGGACGCCUGGGGCCCUAAGAAGGAGAAAGAAGGAAACUGA